GCAGUGAGUGCUGCGCCAGACACAGCCAGACGCGGACGCAGCAUGAAGACGCCGAGGCCGCUGCCGCUGCCGCUCCCGAUGCUGCUGCUCCUGCUGGCGGCGCUGUCCGGAUGGAGCGGCCGUGCUGGGGCAUCGCCCGCCGGGGAGGUGGGCCUUCCCUCAAACAACCUGCUGCUAGGGCCGACCUUCGACGCCCGCCUCGCCUACGGAGGAAAAUUGCUGGCGAAGGACAAGGAGAGUGCCGACCAGGGCUACGUGUACGAAAAGCCGCCGCAACCGUUCACCUACCCCACCAGAGGGACAACCACCACCACCACCGCCAGACCCUUCACCUACACUACUAGGAUACCAGUCUCUUAUCUUCCCCCUGUAACCACUACCACAGCUAGACCCUUCACCUACACCACUCCGAAACCAGUCUCUUAUGUUCCCCCCUCGACUACCACCACCGCUAGGCCCUUCACCUAUACCACUCCGAAACCAGUCUCUUACCUUCCCCCUACAACCACCGCUAGGCCCUUCACCUAUACCACUCCAAAACCAGUCUCUUAUCUUCCCCCUAUAACCACUACCACAGCUAGGCCCUUCACCUAUACCACUCCAAAACCAGUCUCUUAUCUCCCUCCGUCAACUACCACCACAGCUAGGCCCUUCACCUACACCCCACCCACCACAACUGCGAGACCGUACACAUAUACAUUCGCUACAUCCACUCCUAAACCAGUCACCUACCUCCCUCCCACAACCACUGUGAGACCCUAUACUUACACAUCCCCUACGACCACUUUCAAACCAGUCUCCUACCUCCCUCCUGUAACAACUGUCAGGCCAGUUACUUAUACAUAUUCGACUACUACUGCCAAACCCUUUACUUACACCUAUCCUACGACAACUCGCAGACCCUAUUCAACAACCACAGCUCGACCUUCUACUUAUACAACGAGACCAACGUAUGCUACAACUGGUUAUACGACGCAGUCGCCGAGGGUAACGUUUACGUACCCCACGAGGCCACCGACUACCACUGCGAGGCCCUACACGUUCACCACUACAACGAGGCGCCCGACGUUCACGACUCCGAGGCCGACGCCGCCGCGCACUACAGUUAGAACGGCACCUCCUGUCACUGGAUAUAAGUACCCGUCUCCAACCGUCACUUUCACCUAUCCCACCAGACAGCCAACCACCACUGCGAGACCCUUCACCUACACAACCACCAGCAAGCCCAUCACCUACACCUACAGCACUACUACAGCUAAGCCCUUCACAUACACCUAUCCAACGACCACUUUGAGACCAUACACAUACAGCACCGUCAGAACAACCGGUUACCCCACAGUAUCUCCAAGUGUUACAUUCACCUACCCAACGAGACCUACAACCACCAGUGUCAGACCAUAUACAUUCACUACAACGACCAGGAGACCGACUUUCACCACUCCAAGACCUACAUAUUCGACAACAACACUGAGGCCUUUCACUGUUACAACUCGACAGCCAACAUUCAGCACCUAUAGACCCUCUCAGUCUACAACAGUCUUUACUGGCUACCAGAAGGAAUCACCUAGUAGGCCCUUCACGUACCCAACAACACAGAGACCUUUCACAUAUAGUACUACAACAGCGAGACCAACAUUCAUCACAACAACCACAAGGAGGCCAACAACAACAUUCCGACCUACAUUCAUCACGACAACCACAAGGAGGCCAACGACAACAUUCCGACCUACGACAAUCUACACUACGAGACUGCCAACCACUACUCUCCGGCCGUACACAUUCAGUACGACGACGCAAAGGCCAACUUUUUCGACUCAGACAACCCCCAAAAUAACUGGGUAUCCCAAGGAAACACCCAGCAGACCUUUCACAUACCCUUCAAGACUGCCAACGACAACCACACCUCGGCCUUACACGUACACCACUACAACUACUUUACGACCAGUCACUUUUACCACGACCUCUCCAAGGCCGACAUAUACAACACCAAGGCCGACAUUUACAACACCACGCCCCACGUACAGUACCCCUAGGUACACGUACACCACUCCGAGGCCGACAUAUACGACUCCGAGGCCGACAUAUACGACUCCGAGGCCCACAUACACAACUCCUCGGCCAGUGACAUAUCCUAGCACGCAGACAAUCUUCACUGGCUAUCCAAAAGAAUCACCUAGCAUCCCGUUCACUUACCCGCCACCAGGAGCGCCUGCAGGAGAAGCGAGGAAGAGUGCAGGACAACCUUUCUCAUAUCCAGCACUCUUUCCGGGAGCAGACUUUGACCUGCGCCUCUUGAAGAAGAGGUCUGCUCCCGUGAUUACAGGAGAGCUGCAGAGAAAGGAACGAGCCGACGAUGGAAAGUGAGUCUAUCUCUCAAUAGAAGCUAACCCGGGAGAUGGCUGUUAACUACUUGUUAAUUACUGUAAGCUACAUUGCGAGAAUAGUGCGUAAUCAUUAUCCUGGCCCUCUCACGACAGUUCAUCCACGAAUGUUAUUUGAGGCAGAUUACUAAGAAGCUCAGACGGCUUUCAGUGUCUCAGCCAUCAGUUUCAAGACAACCAUUCGUGUCUAACCCAGUAAGACUCUGAGAUGUGUAACGAAUUCUAGACACUCAUUUCGUGAAAUUUCUGUGCCAUUAAUUUCUUUGCCACAAAUACAGUGCAAACAGUCGUGUUGCAGACAUAUGUUCACAAGCGUUCACGGAAUUCUAAAGACAUAUCAUUUAAAGCUAAGUUGUUUGAACAGGGAGCACUUGACCGUAUCCUGUUUUUUCUGUGUGUAACUUUUUAGACAGAAUGAUAACACUCACAUGUAACUGGAAUUUCAGUUAUCACUCCGUUUCUUCUGUGUUAUCUCCGCCUUCAAUUGUGGCCAUAUAAACUUUGAUGUUACUGGAGCUGCUGUCAUCCUACCUCGAUCGGAAAUCGCCAAACUGGUAUCUGAAUCUGUGUCAAGUAGCUCCAUUUCAAUUUGUUAAUGUGAGUUGUGAAUAAACGUCCCUGAUAAUUGUCUGCUUUACAAUGCAUAAUCUACCAUCGUAUCAGAUUAACAAUGUCUUCUAAACAUUUACGCCAUUAAUGUGCCAUUUGUUAUUAUUUUCAACAGUUUUAUACGACAGAUAAAUGUGUAAGAAAUAAAAGAAUUAAAGGAAAAUAAAUAAAUAAUUAUA